UGUUUGCUAGACCAACCAUUGCUCUCUCUACAUGCACUCUUAAAUGUAGCUAUAGGAUAUUCGAGCCGUGUCCCGGCUCGGAUCCUCCUGUGUAUAUUAGUCUUGAUGUUGUUUGCGUCCUGCUAGAUGGAAGGUGAAAAAGGUUUUUAAAAAAACAUCAGAGUUGUGCAUCAGUUUGGAUCUACCAUGUAGAUAACCUCAACCCUAGAUUGGACUGUUAACAAUCAGGUUCUUGAUGCAUUUAUGGUAAUAAUUGCUGUUUUAAACCACCUGCUUAUUUUAAUCAGGUGUGGUGUUAUCAGGGGUUGAUCAGCCUGUUGCUUUGGACCUGAUUAUCUAUAUAAUAAGUCCAACUUUAUAUACAGCUGAGAUGUCCUAACGUAGGUCAUGUAGAUCACAUGUGAAGCUCAUGUUUGAAUGUUGAGGUUGAAUGGUUGUAUGCAUGUCUAGCUACCCUACUCAUUUGCAUUAGAGCACUUUCUAGGUUUAAUGGUGUCGAGGACUGGGUUUCUAGGUCCGUUGAAUUUGAGCUAUAACAGAUUUUGCCUUAACCUUCAAAGGGGAAAACAGAGAAUUUUUUAGUCUUAAGAUCUUACCUUCUGUUUUGCUUUACCAUUCUUCCUCAUUUUAACUAAAAGAAACUAUUUGAAGUUAUGCUCUGAUUGACAUGUUUAUACAUUUCUACAAUGUAGUGUCUUUUGGGGAUGAAUGUGUAGGUGCAUGAAAAGAUUUUAUAAUACCGUGGACUUGUAAUGAAACAGAAUAUUCUAUUAGUUAAAUCGUAUAAAUUCAGUACUCCUUUCCCCAUCCUGUUUCAAUUUCAACUGUCUCAUAUUUUUGCCAUCUGUUUUUUUUCUUUGAAUAGGGAUGGAGUGAGUGAAUCGCAAUUCACACAGGUCCUAAACAUCGAGCUGGAUCAGAUUAUUGAGGCACUGUUGUGGACAAAGCAAUUUGCCAUCCGCGAAACCACUAACUUCUACAUGUGUUCACACGCAGGAAUGAUUGGAACAACGUGCCCUACUCACUACCAUGUUUUGCUGGAUGAGAUUGGCUUCUCCCCUGAUGAUCUCUAUGAGCUUGCGCAUUCAUUGUCCUAUGUGUAUCAGAGGAGCACAACUGCGAUAUCAAUCAGUAAGUACCGUGUUUCUGUUAUGUGGCAAUUGCCUAUUUUAUGUUAUAAGGGGUUUUAAUUACUAUCUCCCUAUCAAAGGACUCUUUUGAGUUUUAGGGCUGCAACUUGGGAUCUCAACCAAAAC